AGAAAGAGAAGCUCAGAUGGCACACUGGCAGCCUCCCAGCCUUGCAGAACCAGCUCCCUCAACAUGAGACCCAGAGAGCAAGGGAUAGAUUUCAUGAGAGCUAACACCCAACUUUUUGCCUAGUGCAAGGUCCACAUGACAAGCCUCAGCUCGGCAAUUUGUGAAGAAAACGUACCUAAAAGCACUCUGCAAGACUGUCUGCGCCAGAGGGAAAUUUCAUGAUCUAAAGGUCGCUCCUCUUCAUUUGUUCCUGCAAAGCUUGGUGUGAAGACAGCUUUCCAGAACAAGGUGUCUUGCACGAUGUUCCCAUUGCAAGGUGCCCAGAUGCUGCAGAUGCUGGAGAAAUCCUUGAGGAAGAGCCUUCCUACAUCCUUAAAGGUUUAUGGGACUGUCUUCCACAUGAAUCAGGGAAACCCAUUCAAGCUAAAGGCCCUGGUGGACAAGUGGCCUGAUUUUAAUACAGUGGUUAUCCGCCCUCAGGAGCAGGACAUGACAGAUGACCUUGAUCACUACACCAAUACUUACCAUAUCUACUCCAAAGACCUCAAAAACUGUCAGGAAUUCCUCAGCUUACCAGAAGUCAUCAAUUGGAAACAGCAUUUGCAGAUCCAAAGUUCACAAUCCAGCCUGAAUGAAGUAAUCCAAAGUCUUGCAGCCACUAAAUCCUUCAAAGUCAAGCAAUCACAAAACAUUCUCUAUAUGGCGAUUGAGGCAAUAAGGGAACUGGCUCCUUCCCUGCUGGAUAUAAAGAACUUAUCACUUAGCGAUGGAAAACCCAAGGCCAUUGACCAAGAGAUGUUUAAACUCUCAUCGUUGGAUCCUACCCACGCUGCCGUGGUGAAUAAGUUCUGGCAUUUCGGUGGCAAUGAGUGGAGCCAGAGAUUCAUCGAGCGCUGUAUCCGGACCUUCCCCAACUUCUGCCUGCUGGGGCCCGAGGGGACCCCUGUGUCCUGGUCCCUGAUGGACCAGACAGGAGAGAUGCGGAUGGGGGGCACCCUACCUGAGUACCGGGCCCAUGGUCUCGUCACCUACGUCAUCUAUUACCAGACCCAGGCUCUGAUCGAACGUGGCUUCCCCGUGUAUUCUCAUGUAGACAAGAAUAACAAAAUUAUGCAGAAAAUGAGUCACAGUCUGAAUCAUAUCCCUGUGCCCUGCGACUGGAACCAGUGGAACUGUGUACCUCUGUGAAGCAGCCCUGAAUCCAAGACAGUAUGGGACGGGCCUGAGGAUGCAGCUGGAGGAGCCGAUGGGUGGGUGGAGGGAAAGAACCAAUUGUAAUUGUAAUCAUAGGUAAAGGAGUGGACAUUGUGUGGGUCCUGGGGCAGCAGUGUGAAUGGUCGACAGGACCACUACCGUCGAUGGGCUUGCCUUAGAUAUCUCAGCAUGAGCAGCAUCCGGUCCUCCUGCAGUGGUUUCAUAGUUCUGUUCCCCGUGCUUCCAGGAUCUCUGCCAUGCUUCUUCAUCCGCUACAUGUUGCCCCAAAUGGCUUCCCCUGGGACUCUUAGGGCAUGGGUUGGUAGACCCUUGCCAGUUUUUCCAGAGAGGGCUAAUUCUUCCUGGGCAUUACGACUUAUUCCUCUCUUUCUAUGGCUUUUCCCUUAGUGAAGAGCAAGUAGACAUUAUCCUCUCCUCUGAUUGCUGCUUUACAGGUGUAUUAAAUAUGUUAUAUACAAAUAUAUAUGACAUAUUACGUUACACAUGAUAUGCAUGAUACAGCAGGGAGAGUUAUUAAGAAAAAGACUAACUUAAGUUAGCCUAUCCCCCCCACCCUUCCACUCUGGGGAAAAUGAUUCAAUAUAGUUCCUAAAAGUUGAGCUUCCUAAAGUCACCUGAAACCCUCAAACAAUAAAGAGAUUUUGUGUUUGAUUGUACAA